UAAACCUCCAGGCAUCAAGAUGGCUGCACGGGGCAUGAGGGUGCCCUGCUUCCUGGCGGGGAUGCUGUGGAUGUUGUGGAUGGCUCCUCUCACCUCCUGCUUCAAUCUGGAGCCUCGCACAGCGGAUGUGUAUAGCGAUCCUUACUUUGCGACCCAAGGGCGGGAGUCUUACUUCGGCUUCUCUGUUGCUCUUCUGCAUAACAGUAAAAACAACACAAACUGGGUUUUGGUGGGUGCUCCCCGCGCCAACUCCAGUUUCUGCAACUCAGCCCAGAUCACUGAACCCGGAGCCAUGUUCAAGUGCAAUCUGGAGGGAGAUGUUUGCGAGGAGGUGAUCGUAGACAGAAGUGGUAAUGCAAAGUGCAGUUCCCACGACCUUUCCAGCUAUGGCUGGCUUGGAGGAAGUUUGGACAGCCAGCCACACUUAGAAGAAGACAGACAAGUUACUGGGGUGUGUGCACCUCGAUGGAGCAGCCAGUGGAUUUACCGUCAACAAAUAACGAAAGGUGUGUGCUUCUGGAUGGACUUCUCCGCUUCCCCUCUGAUGAUCAAGAAGGAGUUUCCUUUCUUUCCUCAAACAACACAUGGACAAGCUGGCAUGUCCAUCCACUUCCCUGAAAACCAGACCAAGUUCAUAGUCGGAGCUCCCGGUGUCAAGUGGCAUGGAUCGGUAAUACUUUUGGAGGACGGAGGCGUAUCAGAAAUGGGGCUUUCAAGGAACCGAAUGUUUCAAACUGUGCUGGUGCCUGAUCCUGUGUACAUCUCCACUGUCAAUCCCCAUGAUAUGUUUGGGUACGCCGUCACCUCGGGAAGAUUUUUGUCGAAGGAUAAGAUACUUUAUGCAGGUGGUGCUCCUGGAGGUGCUGAUUUCUAUGGCAAGGUUAUUGUUUUUGAUUUCGCUUGGAGGGGGUAUUCAGACUUGGAUACGGCCAAAGUGUUGACGGGCGAGCAGCUGGGUGAGUACUUCGGAGCAGCGCUGACGGCAGCAGACGUCAAUGGUGAUGGCCUGACUGACCUGAUUGUCGGCUCGCCCAUGUUUUCUCGCACCAAUCAUUCGGAUGUGGGCAGGAUUCACACCUUUCUCAGUGGAGAGGGAAAAGGACUCUUUGAACGUCCGGAGCCUCACUAUGGCAAAAAAGAGCGCCUUGAAAGGUUUGGCACGUCGCUAGCAUCUCCUGGGGACCUUAAUGCUGAUAAUUAUGAAGAUGUUUUGGUGGGAGCACCUUGGGAAGGCAGAGGAGCUGUGUACGUCUUUUUGGGGUCAAGGAAUGGCCUCCGGCAGCAGUACUCCCAGCGCCUCUCCCCAGAAGACUUUUCUCCUCCUGGCCUCAGAGGGUUUGGCAUGUCAAUGUCACGAGGCAUUGACAUAGAUAACAAUGGCUACCCAGAUGUGGCCAUUGGAAGCAUAUUGUCGGGGCACGUGGCGGUAGUCAAGACUAGACCAGUGGCAAAGUUAUCUGGCUGGAUCGUUGCCCGCCCAUCUAGUGUGCCCUGGGAAGGGAGGGCGAACCUCAACCUCACAACCUGCCUCCGCUACGAGGGACGCAGUGUGCCAAGAAACUAUUCCCUCCAAGUGUCCCUCACCUUGGACCAUGGAAGCCCCUCCCCUCGUGCCUCCUUCAGGGACAACUCAUACGUCCACACCUUCACUGAGGACUUGCUUGCCAACAGUGCAGACCCAGCUUGUCGGACUCACCAGGUGACUGUGAAGGAAAAUAAACUUGACCCUGACCAACCUCUGGACAUGAAGCUGGAGUAUGAUCUUUUACACACUCCUGCGACUGACUUGAUGAAGCAACCCACGACAAGCCCUAGCGAGACACACACCAGCAUGACUCAAGUGAGCAUUUCAAAGGGAUGUCAGAAGAUCUGCAGAGUGGAUAUGAAGGUUGAGGCGGAUCUCGGUCUUGGAGAAGACAAGAAGCUGGUGGUGGGGCACAGAGACAAACUGGUACUGCGCACCGUUGUGUCUAACAAUGGCGACUCUGCCUACUUCCCCGCCGUAAAUGUGACUGUGGGGCCGCCUCUCACUCUCGUUCUGCCCCAGUCGCAUGACUGUAGGUUCUUCAGUGCCGACUUGAGGACCUCGCUUGUGUGCAGCCUUUCCAACCCAAUCAAGAACAGUACCACGGACGUUGUGGAGGUGACUGUGGAUGCCAGCUUGUUGACAGAUGGCUCAAGUAACCCGUGGAUACAGGUCAAUGUUAGUGGAGAAGGAGAAGAGUUGAAGCCUGAGGAUAAUCAUUGGUCAAAGAGCCUCCCUUUGGAAGCUCAUGCUAGCCUUGAACUAUAUGGAGCUUCCAAGAGAGAGCAAGUGUUUUACAAGCAUGUGGGUGGAGACAACAUCAACGCAACAGUCAACCCAAGAUUUACGCACACCUUCACUUUAGUGAAGAAGGGACCCACACCGCUUGGCCAGGUGGAUCUGACCGUUGAUGUUCCUGUCAAUGUCACAGACGGUCAAAACCUACUCAAGCUCCAUUUUCCAAAGACAGAUUUCUUGCAUCAGCCGUUCCAUUGCAAGCUGAGCAGCGGGAGCUUUGAGAGAGAUGAUGUGAGUCAGGGAGGAGGCGUGGCCACUGGUGGUAACACUGGAAGGGAUGCAAAACCUUCCCUGCAGCCCAUAAUUGUGAGUGCUCAGAAGGACGAGGGUGACGGGACCCAGUACUUCGACUGUUCCUCGAGCCUAACAAGAUGUGCGCAACUCUCCUGCCACAUAUACAACUGGCCAGUGGACACCGAGACAGCCAAGCUUACUAUGGAGCUGGAGGUUGAUCUUAGUGUCAUGGCCAAGCACAUGUCCGCUAAGGGAGGAGCAGUCCUGGUGACCUCGGGGCGUGCCAGCAUCCAGCCCCUCGCGCCUCGAAUGGACUUUAUUGGCGUAAGGGAGGCACGCGAGGAGGUGGGGACUCGAAUCCAGCCGGAGUUUCUUCAGGCCAACGGGAUCCCCUGGUGGGCUCCCCUGCUGGCUGUGAUUGCAGCCCUCUUGCUCUUGGGACUCCUGACGUAUGGACUAUACAAGGCUGGAUUCUUCAAGCGUAAGAAAAUGGAGGAAAUGAAGGCCCAGCAAGCAGAGACUGAUAGAGCAAACUGUGCAUCAGAUAACCAAGGUUUUCUUGGAGACUAAAGGAGCCUGCUCACUGCUGUGUGUCGGUGUCAAAGAAACUCUUCAGUCAACCAAUUGGAAGGUUAAUGUUAAGUCUCCCUAAGAUGUCGCCAAAGUGGUGAGAGGAGUAAUUGUUAGGCUAGUAACUGUACUCUGGCGGGAGUCAAGAGUGUAAGUGUUAGUUAGUGUGUGGAUAGAGUGACUUCAGGUCCAUUAAUGUUGUGAUCUCACACAGCGAAGAUGAUAAGCUCAUGUGGAAGAUACAUUUGUUAAACGUGCCUUGUUUGAGUAGUGAUGAUUACCUUACUUGCAAGAAACUGAUUAUAAUUAGGAUACUUUAUAUACCUGUGAGUUGAGUGCAUAAAACUCUCUCUCCCUUUGACAUGGUUUGUGUCGUCUUCUAAGUGCAGGUAAAAGCCAUGGUCCGCAUGAUGAAUGAUCAGGGGUGACAUGGCACGUAUAUCCCGUACUAAGCGGCACAUUUGCUAAAACUAGUUAGUAGCAGUCUAGUGAUUGUAUUGUUUAUUAUCGAGCAGUCUUUCCAAAUGUAUGUUAGCUCCAUGGAGCGGCGACCUGUGCCCAGCAAGACCACGCCUGAUCUCGCUCCUUCGCUACAUACAGUCUGCUCACGAGCACGAGGGCGUGGGUGGAUGUGUCUGAGGCUUGCCUGUACACAGCUUAUUUCUGAGGUGAUAUUUACAUGAAAUGUAGGCGGCACUUUGAAAUACUUAAUAGCCUGUCCUUCCUGACUUUUGAAUUAUUCACCGACACGUUGAAGUUUCUCAAAUAUUUCUAGUUUCGGAAAAAUGUUUGCAGUUUUUAUAAGAUUUACAGAUACCUUACAUACUUUACACACCACUAAUACCAACGAGUAAUGUGUUGCAUAAUCAUAUUUGUAGUUUUGUGUGUGUGUGUGUGUGUGUGUGUGUGUGUGUGUGUGUGUGUGUGUCUGAAAUUCCUACCAGAAUAAGUUGUAGUGACUUUCUCUGUGUUGAGCUUUGGUUCACAGUCCACAUGUCAUUGUUGGCGUCAUUGUCGUCAUCGUAGCAUAAGUAAGCAGCAUUGUAGUAAAAGUAGUAUUGUUAAGGGUUUACAGCAAUCGGAGCAAGUGAAUGACGUGAAAAAGCAAUAUACCUCGCAAAGAAGUUAGCUGUGAACAGUCGGAGCUGUUAUUGAGGAUUGGCAAGGCCGGUGAACAACUGUUGUAAAGUAAUACUGUUUCUACACUGCCACCAUCACCCUUCCCUGUUAUUACUUUGUCUCCUCUCCAGAGUCUGUAUUUGCCAUAACCCUCUAGGAUAGUGACAUACUUAAGUUUGAUCUCCACGUGGAACAUGAUUUCAAGCUUUUUUUCCCAAAAAAAAGUUUAGUUCCAGUGUAUUCGCGCCUAGACCAUCUGUGUCAGCAAAUACCCCUUUCAUACCGUUCAUACUGCUGACUACUUCGCCCUUCUCACUUCCUCUCUCUGCAGAUUCCACUUCCUCAGCCUUUGAUUCAGCACCUUCCUGCAGGGCCUUUUCUUUUCUCCAUUCUCUGAUCAUUUUCCCCUGGCUUUGUACCGACUCCGUUACUUCUGCUCUUUCUUCCCCAUUUGUUUCACCUUACCACACAUUCCUGAGGCCUUCGCCUUGGUUAGCAGACUAUGUUGAUGUUUCAGCAGAAGGCAGACACCGAGGUGACUGUCAGUUAGACUAUUAGUAGAUCACUAGAUCGGGUAACCUUUAAUGAGAGAACAGGCUCACCGUUGCCUUUUCCCACGUAGUAUUAUCAUUUACCUUGGUCUGUUGAUGAAAUGUAUCUUUGUAAUGUAUCUUUGAAAUGUAUCUCCACACACGUUUCCAACCUUAAUAUAUCAGUCUGCUCUUGAACUUCUUGCUUCCCUUUCAAGACUCUGGAUAUUAUACUUUUAUCUUCUGCCAGUUAUAGUAAUUUUUCUCUUUGUUCUCUGUCCUUAUCAGCGUUCAGUUUUCAACUGGCUCUUUAUUUUCCCAAGGCCUUUGUCUGCUGGACCCCUCACCAGUGUCUCCCUUGUUCUCAGCAUCCUGACACCCCCCCCCCCCUCCACUCCUUCCUGUUUUUCAUUCCUCGGAUGGUCUAGAAUCUCUAGCAGUUCUUCUUCCUUUUAUAAACAAUUUUAAAAGAUUCCUUUAGGGGCAAUACAUUUACCUAAAUGUUGUGUGGAAUUCUAGUUAAAGUAAAAAUAUUAUGUUGUGUAAUAAAAAUUCAAUAGCGAUUACCCAAGAAACUAUAUGGCUACUAAAAUUCAGGAGCUACUACUAUUUUGGAGUGCCAUUACAUGGACAUAAAAGGCCUGACAACAGGACGGGAGGCAUUACAUUAGAAUAGAACAGUGGUUGCAAUAAGACUUCAAUAUUUACCUAGGCCAUUUUCAUCAUCGAGUUAUUGAAGCAUUAAUAAAAGCAUAUCACAUU